ACCAUUAUUUGAUAUCACUAAUGGUAUAUUUAUUAUUUAAUUUUCUACAUCAAUUUCGAAAGACUUCUAGCAAAUGCUCUGUAUUAGCCGAUAAGAAUUGUCUCAAUGGUUAUCGAUGUUACAUUGCCAAGGUCAUUCAUUGUAGACACAUUUUCUUAAUAAUCGGCAUGAUGGCGUACAAACUUUUCUGCUGUUAUUUUUCCCACGAUGACUAACUGUCCAACGGUACAAAAUAAGAAAAAUUCUUGAUGGGAAUUGACUUUUGCUAUCGAGUAAAAUGAAAAUGUUAUUUCCUGUUUAAAAUGUAAAAUAUUGGACGAACAAAAAAAUCAUCAUUGGCUCAGACAAACUUAUUGCGAAAGCGAAAAUUUGUUAGUGAUUGUUUUUUUUGAUAAAUGAUGUGCUUUUUCCUGAAACAUGUUUCAAUCAAGUGAAAUGAAAAUAAGCUACUUCUUUCGAAAUUUCUUACUUAAAUCUUAUGAUGGAUUGUAACAAAAAUAAGAAGUAUUCUCUUUAGAUAUUUGAAAUGAUUCGAUCAUAUUCCACAUUUUAAUCUCGCACGAAUUGUGCUCAAAGAUUUUUUUUGUCCGAUUCGUGCCAUUUCCACAUAAAAUGACAAUAGAUUUAAGAAAAAACGCAUGACAAUUCAACUUUAUUUAUCUUUUCAUUUUUUUAGUUGUAAAUGUAAAAAGUUUACAAAAAUACUUAUUUCUAUCUCUUAUUCUGCCGAAAAAGGUUAAUUGUACAGCAGAAUAUUACGAUAGUUGAGUAUUAGAAAAGGGCUCAUGUGAUUCUCACAUAGUGCUAAUAUAUGAUUAAAUACACUUUUAUCUCCUCCUCUCAAGUGUGAAACACUCUAGUUUCUAUCAAAAUUGAUUCGAAAAAUAUUCAUUCUUUUUCUGAGUUGAAAAGAAAAAUAAUUUUGCUCUUCAAAAGCUAAUUUUUUGGAGAAAGACGAUUGAAAUCAAUACAUCUUAUGUAGAAAAAAUUUUGAUUUUUGUAUAGAUAUUGAUAUAAGAUUGAGUUUUUUUCAAGACUUAUUUGACAUGAUAAAAUUUACAGGUAGUCAAAGCAUUGAAGCUGAUGUAUAUUUUUUAUAUGCAAAAUGUGCGAGACUAAAAACAUUUUGACGUAUCGGAUAUUUCAACAUAUUAACAAAAAUGUUUCAUCGAUAUGAUCUAUCGCAAACAAUAUGUUAGUGACGAAUACCAUUUGAACGAAUUUCGAUUGUCAGAUAAUUAAAAUCAAAAUAUUCGAUGACAAACAAAGAAUAGAAAAGCAAAAACAAUGAGAAAAUAUAUAUUAACGAUAUAUUUAAGAACGAAUUAGAGUCCCACUGAAGCAGAAUAAAUAUAAGAUAAAAACAAAUUUCCAACGUACAAAAAUUUCUUCGAAAAUAAAAUAAAUUCUUCGAAGACAGUUUUUAUAUGAUUGUGUUUGUAUUUUUCUUUUUAUUGAUAAGAAGAUUAUUACUAUAAAAUUUAAAACGCUAUUCAGAAACUCAAGUGGUCUGAACCGGCUUUUCGCUCAAUGAAAUUAAAAGUUAUCAUCUCGAUAAAGAUCGAUUAGUUUUUCGUACUCAAUUAUAACUUAUUAUUCUCAAAGAUAUGAGUGAAUUGGCGCAUAAAACAUGAAACCAUCUCGUUUCACCCUUAUAUAUGAUGAAAUAUCUUUAGAGCAAAAACUUUGAGAUGAGAAACGCGUCAGUGACGAUGAACGAUAAUAGAAUUGAAAUUGUGCAAUUGAUAGAUAGUUCAAUUGAUCAAUUAAUAAAACCAUAUAAUCGCGAGAAAUUAGUCUCAUAUAUAAAUAUUCGAGACGAGAAAAACACUUCAUAAUCGAUUUAGGUCCAAUCGAUGGUGAGUUUCACUUUCGGAUUUUUCAAAAUUGUUUCAUACGUGUAAAGUUUGUAUCGCUUCGAAGACGAUAUCAUGUGAUAAGCCAGCUAAUAUAAAGAGAUCUUGACACGACAAUGAACGUAAAUGAGGCAUAUGUUCAAUGAGGACGAGAAAUGAAGUCGAUAUAAGAUUAGUGUCAGUUUCUUCUACGUAUAUUGAAUACGAGUGAUGUGACAUUGAUAAAACAUUAAAUAAUUGGAUUAAAUAAUAACAAAUCAACUUGAUGGAUAUAUUUAUCAAAACAGAAAUUGGAUGAUGUGCAUAUUGGUGGCCAAUAAGUAAUCGGACAUACAAGAAUAUUUGAUGUAAAGCGAGGUACCGUAAAGAUAUAUUGCGAAUAUGGACUAUCACAGGCAACAAAUCAGCGCUUUUGUUCAAGUCAGAAUAGUGAACAAAAUGAAUCAAGAAUAUUUUCUUCGGAAAAAUCUGGUAAUGAAUAUGAAAGAUGCAAUCGAAAGCUGAAUAUAGUCAAAUGUGAAACAAGUAAUUCCCAUUUUUGGCCAUUAGUAAGAUCCAGAUAACCUUGUGCAAUAAGUUCGAAAUAAUAUAGAUUAGAUAUCUCAGAUAAAAAUUGCUCCACAUGGAUCAUGGUCUUUUUUUCACCUUAAUUUUUAAAAACAAGGAAUAGGGUGUGGGCGUGGUUGUGGGUGGGUGUGGGCGUGGUUAUGGGUGGGUGUGGGCGUGGUUGUGGGUGGGUGUGGGCGUGGUUGUGGGUUGGUGUGGGUGGGUGUGGGUGAUUGUGGGUGGGUGUGGGUGGGUGUGGGUGUGGGUGAGUGUGAGUGUGGGCGUGGGGUGUGGGUAAGAGGGAAUACUAGACUCAUAUCCACACCUACCAGAGAUGGAACCGGUACCGGUCUGGAUUUUGGAUCGACCGGUCUACCGGCCCAAACCGGUCUACCGGUCUAUAGGGUGUCCAGAAAAUGACUAGAGUUAGAAAAAAUUGCAUAUCUCUCUGCUACGGCUCGAGCAAACAGGCUGAUUUUUCUACCAAUAAUAGAAGCAUGUUCACACUUUAAAUCCAUACAGACAAGAUUAGAAAGAGCCUUUGUUAAGUACCACCAACGACCUCAACAAAAAAAUUUUACUUUUUCACAGAUAAGAAAAAAAACAAUAGACUUAACAAAGAAUCUCUCUAGGCAUGUCUUUAUGAGUAUAAAGCUUGGACAUGCCUCUAUCAAUGAUAAAAGAAUCAGCUCUUUUGCUCGAGCCAUAGUGAAGAUAUUCAAUUUUUUUGCGGCAAAGUGACUUUUGCGCUACUCCGUAUAGUGUUCUUUUCCUAUCUGUGAAAGAGUAAAAUUUUUUUUGUUGAGGUCGUUGGUGGUACUUAACAAAGGCUCUUUCUAAUCUUGUCUGUAUGGAUUUAAAGUGUGAACAUGCUUCUAUUAUUGGUAGAAAAAUCAGCCUGUUUGCUCGAGCCGUAGCAGAGAGAUAUGCAAUUUUUUCUAACUCUAGUCAUUUUCUGGACACCCUAUAUACUGGUCUAUAUUUUUCACUUUCCUGCUCUAUGAUUGUAUUCAAGGUACGAAGGUAACCCACCAAAGAGUUCACUGCACAAGAUUUCAUUUUAAGCUUCAGCCUGUUGUCUGUAUAUCGAUAUUUUAUCGAUAGGUCGGGUUUUCCUGAUAAACUGGCGUAUCACCAGUAUCCUGUCACUAUCGGUAGACCGGUCAAACCGGUAUACCGGCCGGUCCGGUCUACCUUUCUCCAGACCCGCACCGGUACCGGUCUGAAAAAAGGUAGACCGGUUCCAUCUCUGACACCUACACCCACAGCCACACCCACAUCUACACCCACCCACACCCAUCGCUCGCAUCUAUCGGGUUGGCGCAUAAGUUCUGCACGUUUGGAUCAGUAGAAUUAUAUCGCCAAUAUAAAACUACAUUUUAAGGAAAGUAAUUAUAUAUUCUAAUAGCGCUCGGAAUUCUCUAUCACCCUAUAUAUUUAAGUCGUGACUUGCAUUUAUUUGCUGAAAAAUAUUUCGAGUGCACCGAAGACACCCUCACCCUCAUUGACAAUGUUCGAAACAUUUCUCAGAAAAUAAGUUCAAGCCAACACUGAAUAUACAGGAUGAUAGAGCAUUUCAAGAGCUCUCAGAAUAUACAAUUACUUUUCUAAAAAAAUGGAUUACAGUAUAGAUAAAAAUUUUAAAAACAUAUGAAAAAGGAACAAAAAAUGAAGUUCGUGGAAAUCUGCGGGUGAGGGUGUCUUCAGUGUACUCGAAAUAUUUUUCAGCAAAUAAGUGCAAGUCACGACUUAAAUAUAUAGGGUGAUAGAGAAUUCCGAGCGCUAUUAGAAUAUAUAAUUACUUUCCUUAAAAUGUAGUUUUAUAUUGGCGAUAUAAUUCUACUGAUCCAAACGUACAGAACUUAUGCGCCAACCGGAUACGAACAACUAUACCUUACACCCUCGUUUCCUUUUCUAAUCAUUCUUAACACACAACUAAAAGUCUGAUAUACGGUGCUCAAUGCAUCCGUGCGCAAUUCUCCUAGUGCGCAACUUUCCGUGUGCAUCUGUCUGGAGGGUGGGGGUGUGGGUGUGGGUUCUAAACCUUUCUUCACUUACACCCACACAUCCAUACACCCACACCCACACCCAUACCCAUACCCACACCCACACACUCACACCCACACCCACACCCAUACCCACACCCACACACUCACACCCACACCCACACCCACCCACACCCACACCCACACCCCUUUUUUGCUUAAACGAAUAAUAGUGUUCUAAACUGAAACAUUCCUAUAAGUUAAUUAACUGAGCAUUAUGAUCUGAUUCGAUAUAGUCAUAAUGAAUAUUUAUUUUUCUCAGAAGACGAUUUUACAGUAUCUAUUAAUCGACAAAAUUUAAACAGUGAAUAUAUAUAUAUACGCUUCUUGGUCAUUAUCGUGCACAUUAUAAAUCAAUUCGUGCAUUAUUUUUUGGUUUAACACCUGAUGAUAAUCAACCAAUAUUAAUUACAAUUGAUAAAACAAAAAAAUUAAUUAAUUUUCUUUUCCUUUAAUUUUAAUAUUUAAAAUUAAAAUUCUUUUUUGAUUUCUCGGGUGCUGUUCGUAUUUUAGUUGAAUAUGAUUUAAAUGGAAGUGAAACUGAUCAUCUUGUUUUAAAUUCAUCAAUACGUAUUGAAAAAAUAGCUGAGCCGAUGUCAGCUUAUUAUUAUCCAUCAUCAUUAACAAAAGAAUCAUUUAUUGUUACAGUUAAUAAUGAAUAUAAAUAUAAAUUAUAUAAUUCUGAUACAAAAAUGUGUCGAAAAACAAUUUUAGAUCCAACAUUUGGUUCACCAUUACAUAAAAUAGGAAUGCUAUCAAAAUUAGGUGAAAAUUCUAUUGAAAAAUAUAUUUAUUUUAUGACAACAGAUAAAAUAGGUCUUCAACGUUUACCAUUAACUGGUGAUCCAUAUGAUCAAAUGGCACAUGUUACAUGUUAA